AUGUCGGUGUUUGGGAAGCUGUUCGGCACCGGGGGUAAGGGCUCCAAAGGCCCGAGCCCCCAAGAGGCCAUCCAGAAGCUGCGGGACACGGAAGAGAUGCUGACCAAGAAGCAGGAGUUCCUGGAGAAGAAGAUCGAGCAGGAGCUGGCCGCCGCCAGGAAACACGGCACCAAGAACAAGAGAGUUGCUCUUCUGGCACUGAAACGGAAGAAGCGGUACGAGAAACAGCUGGCGCAGAUUGACGGGACACUGUCUACUAUAGAAUUCCAGAGGGAAGCCUUAGAAAAUGCCAACACAAACACAGAAGUCCUCAAGAACAUGGGCUUUGCAGCUAAAGCUAUGAAGGCCGCUCACGAUAACAUGGAUAUUGAUAAGGUGGAUGAGCUAAUGCAGGACAUCGCAGACCAGCAUGAGGUGGCACAUGAAAUCUCAGAUGCCAUUUCCAAGCCUAUUGGUUUUGGAGAGGAGUUUGAUGAGGAUGAGCUCUUGGCAGAACUGGAGGAACUAGAACAAGAAGAACUAGAUAAGAACCUUUUGGAGGUUCAUGGUCCAGAAACUGUGCCGCUCCCAAACGUGCCUGCAGGUUGUCUGCCUGCAAAGCCAGCCAAGAAGAAGCAAGAGGAGGAUGAUGACGACAUGAGAGAGCUUGAGAACUGGGCUGCUGUGUAG